CUUAGAGAAACAUCACAAUACUUCUUAUAGUAAAGUUAUUGAGCAAAUAACAAGUCAGUUAGCUAAUAUAAAUCAAAAGCAGCUUGCUACAUUAUUUGAAUUUUUAAAUACUAGACCUAUAACUAAUGAAGAACUUAUGAAUCAGUAA